CGCAUUACUCGUCAAAAAACGAUGACAAAGAAGAGCCUGGGGCGAUGAAAAUCUUGCAAACCAUCGCCCAUUGCGCAGAGUGUUUGCGGCGUGCGCUACCGCUCGUUGCGUGGCCAUCCCACCUUCCUCUUCCCCGGGCUCGCCUAUAAAAGCUGGGGGUUCGACGGUCAAGCCCUCGGUUCUGCAUCCCAUUCGAGCCCUCACAUCACACCCCCACGCAUCGCACAUCCCGCGCACUCGCCAACCACCAUGCUCCUCAAAGCCACUACCACCCUCCUCUCCCUCUCGGCCUUCCUCUCCUCCGCCGUGAACGCUGCUGGCAUCGUUCGACGCGCGGAAAACCGGGAUGUUUCCGAGUGGCUCGCCGCAGAGGUCCCAAUCGCAGUGGGCCGUAUGCUCGCGCACGUGAAUGACGAUGGUGCCGUCGUAGCCGGCGCGGUGGCACCGUUCACGCCCGAUGCUUACCAAGAGUACUGGGUCCGUGAUGGUGGCUUCACCCUUUUGGCGGUCAUUGAAGACUACAAAUCCGGAGGAGAAGACGCCAAGCGAGCGCAGACAGUGGUAGACAAAAUGAAUCGCCACUUCGAAUGGACGAAAGCCGUCCAAGAAACUGCUCGGGUCACACCAGACAACAAGCACAAUCCCGUCAACCCGGAACGGAUGCCGGCAUCCCUCCGUCUCGGAUACACAAAAUUCAGCUUGUCCACCAAACAGCCCGUCACCGACUGGGCGAACCCCCAAUACGAUGGCCCUGCCCUGCGAGCACUGUGCUUCAUCCGUUGGGCGAACAUCACGAAAGAUUACGCAAAAUACUACAACUCGGACUCCAAUGCUAAGAGCGUCAUCAAGUCCGACCUGGAGGUCGUAGCUAAUGCUCUGGACCAGGUCAAUGGUAUCGAGCCGUGGGAAGAGAUUGUGGGCGUGCACUUCUUCGACCUUGCCAUCUCCUACCGUGCAUUGGUCGAAGGAGCCGACUUUGCUGCUGCACGUGGCGACGGCGGUGCCGCAGACUUUUACCGAUCGCAGGCCGCCAAGGCGUUGAACAAGUUGAAUGCGUUCUGGGACGGGAAGAAGUUCAAGUCAACUCUUAACGGCUCUGGAGGCGGUGCCAACGAAGGGGCGGUGCUUAAACAAAAGGUCAAGAAUUUUAUGGACAUAUCAACGGUUUACUCUUUCAACCACGCUCUCUUGCCCACCUUCCCUCACACCAACCCGCAAGCCCAAGCUACCUUUUCCCAGCACCUCCGCGCGUUUACUACGCCAGAAUUUAUCCCUCAAGAGCAACCAAAAAUCCCUUCCGUCUGGUGGGCCGGCAUCAACUCGGAGCUGGACUUCAACGGGCGCCCUAUCAACCCGGCCGUCGGACGAUACCCCGAGGACAUCUAUGAUGGCAAACUCUACCAUUACCAGGACACAAAUGGGGCUGGGUUCUGGUUCCUCGCGACGAACGCCAUGGCUGAAUUCCUCUACAGGGCGGCGGACGCACAUUACACGUCCGGAGUGAUCGAGAUUACCGACGUUAACCGGGAAUUCUGGAACCUGAUCAAGGUUCCCGGCGUAACCGGCAACAGGCGCAUCACCUUGGCAGCUGAACCGGGGCUAUUCAACGACGCCGUGGCGCGCCUCGUCGACCACGGUGACCGUUUCCUUCGCCGCACCCAGAAGCACACCGACAAGGACGGCUAUCUAUCCGAGCAGCUUAGGGCCGACAACGGGUUCCAGCAGGGCCCCGCAGACCUCUCGUGGUCGUACGCUUCGGUGGUUACUGCCGGCGUUGCUCGUCGGGCCGCGCUGGCGCACAUCGGGAACGUAGCUACUCCGGUCGACACGUGUGCCGUGGUAGCGGACAACAAAAAGGUGGACUGCCACCCUGACCCGAAUGUCACGGUUGGGUCCUGCCUGUUGAAGGGCUGCUGCUGGCAGAAGAGCACCAUCCAGGGAGUCCCCUGGUGUUUCAACCCCAGCCCGUUGGUGGUUGACCCUCCGGCGCCCUCGACAGUCGUCCCCUCCCCGACCUCGACAGUCAUCCCUCCCCCGACCUCGACAGUCAUCCCCACAUCGACCCCGACCCCCAGCCCGAAGUCGUGCAACUUGCAGGACGCCGCCAAGAAGGAUUGUGGAUAUGCGGGUAUCAACGAAAGCCAAUGUGUCGCCAAGGGUUGUUGCUGGAAGCCCAGCACCCCUAACUCCAAGACGCCCUGGUGCUUCGUUGCGGCUUGAGCGUCAAGUCCCGCGUCAUUUCUGAAACCUUGUCGACCAUAUGUAGACUCAUCUCUAGAUCCCUCGUUCUUAAACUUCCUUGCGCAUUGCCU